CGCAACACAGAUAACGGACCUAAAAUUUCUCCGUCUGUUAUCCUUUAACAGACUCGUCCGUAGAUAAUUAUGUGACUUAUUAUCAAAAACGUUAAGCGAGUAUCAGCGUGUAGCCUACAGAGAGAAGAAAAUGCCGCUCACCGAUCUAGAAAUAUACUGAAUCUCUGUUUGUUUCCUCCUCUGAUCUGUGUCCCCAGUCAGUGAGAUGUCUCUGGCUCAGAGGGUUUUGUUGACCUGGGUCUUCACCCUGGUUUUCCUCAUCAUGCUAGUACUGAAACUGGAUGGAAAGGUGCAGUGGAACUGGUUCCUCAUCUUCCUCCCAGUUUGGGUCUUUGAUGGCAUCCUCAUCCUCAUGCUUGCCAUUAAGAUGGCUGGCCGUUGCAAGCCUGGGUACGACCCACGGAACGGCUCCCCAGAUCUGCGUCUACGUGCCUGGUACUUGACGGCCAUGCUGCUCAAGCUGGGCUUCUGCCUGACACUGUGUGCCAAGCUGGAGAAGCUGGCUGAUGUAAAGCUGACGUUUGUGUGCAUACCGCUGUGGACCAUGUUGCUGGGAGCGCUGGUGGAGCUGGGGCUGAAUAUCUUUCCUGAGAGGAGAGAGGCCUGAGAGUGAUCAGAGUGCUCUUUCAAACCUUGUCACAAAUCAUUACACCAACAAAAGACAUAAUAUAAAAUAUGUUUGUAUGACCAUUGCUUUGUGAAAUUGGAGCCUUUGCUUUAGUCUAAUUGUUUCCAGAGAGGACAGGGCCUCAAGAAGGAAUCAAGUCAUCAUCUGAUACCUUGGAUCUUUAGAAUAAUAGACUUUGUGUAAAAAUAGAAAUCAUGUACUCGGAUCUCAGUGAAAUAUGCUGUGAGGAUUUUAGCAGAGCUGGGACUCUGCUGCCUGUGUCAAAGAAGAGCUGCCUGUAAAUCCAAUUGUAGGAUUUAAAGAAAAAAAGUCCAAAACAGCUCAACAAUGGUUCUGUUUUCUUUACAAAGAAAAAACUGCAUAUAUUUAAGACUACUGUGAAACCGACACUGGAAGAAACAUGAAUUUCCUCUAAUGUUUUCUAGUGUUUAUCUUUAUUGUACAUGAGCUAGCACAGCUGCUCUUGUAAGGAACGCCACACAGAGAGGGAAGUGAAUAGUAUUUGGUGAAUUGUAACUGCACUUCCUUUAUUUAAGCUGCAUAACAUAACUAUCACUCUUGGUACCAAAUCAUGGAGUGUAAAUUUUGUUAAAUGCAGAUAUUGUUUGGCUGUAUUUACGCACGGACACUUUGUCUUUUCAUUCCUGAGCUGUGGAGGGUUGUUGGUUGAUUUUACAAAUUAUAAAUUAACUUUCAAAGUGUUGAUGAGAACAGCUUGUUUGGCUACUUACACACAAAGGAAUAAAUAACAGAUCAUUUAAGAAAUUGCUCAGGACAAAAAGGCUCUUGGAACAACUUGUGAUGUUCUUUUUACCUACGGGCUACCCCCCCCCUCUGCCUUGUAUAAUAUCUCUUUUGUACCGUUGAAAUCAUGUGUCCCAUGAAAAUAAAUAUGAAGUUGUUAUUAGGUGCAAGGUCCAAGGUCAUAAAACCCUUAACUUUAAAUGUACUCUGUGAUUUACAUUCGGAUUGAUAUGGAAAAUCUAUUGCAAAUGACUUGUGUUAAGAGAUGAAGAUCAUGUUCCUACUGUAUGUUAAGUUUUAUUAUUACAGUGUUAAUUGUCAAACCGACACAGCUCAUCUGAAUAUUUUCUACCAGCAGUUUAAAAUGUGCGAAGCUGAUCAUUGAUUCACAGCUCAACUUCAUGGUACAGCUGACACUGUGCGUGACUGAAAUUGGUUUUUGUGCCAUGUGAUUGUUCAUUAGUAUUUCCGAUACAUUCUUCGCAUUACUUUGCACUAUGUUGACAUGAAAAUGAGAUGGCAUGCAUGUGUUUGAACAAUAAAUGACUCGAUUUACAUGAA